CCAAAACCUGUAGGCCUGUAAUACAUGACCAUGUCUUUCUUUCUUAUGCUGUAAGGAAUGUCUUACAUGGGACUCUGUGUAUGCAAUUAGCAAAACUUUACUAACUAGCCGAAAUCUCAGAGAUAUGUACCAAGUACCAGUCAAUAGAAGGAAUUCAAGCAUUAUUCAAAUUAAUCUGGCUGUAUACAGUAGGUGUCAAAGCUUUGUCCUCCAGUACACAAGGUGCUAAAGUGCAAAACGGUGACUUUUGUCUACGUGAUUUGUCUACGUAGACAUGACUACAUCCAAAGUCAGUUGACUAACAUUGUGAAAUUUCUCGUUUUGUCUUUUUUCAGAAUUGGCAAAGACACCUUAGCUGACAUCGUCAAACACUUUGAAGAGAAUGGGGCAACACCACUAUUAAGGAAGAGGAAGAAGCAACAGCCACAGCCACCAGCUAGAAUCAUCAGCCAUGAACACAUAAUCAGAGUUGUGGAAUUUAUAAAGAAUUAUGCAGAAGACCAUGCCAUCAUGCUGCCUGGCCGACAUCCUGGGCAUAGAGACUGGCAUGUGAAAUUGUUGCCAACCCAUGUGUCCAAGGCCUCGGUGUGGCGUCUCUAUGUGAAAUCUGCUAAGGAGCUUGGUGAGCGUGCAGUAUGUAAAUCAAGCUUCAGACAACUGUGGAAGCAGCUUCUACCUCACAUUAGAAGUUGCAGGCCACGCACAGAUCUGUGCUGGCAAUGCCAGAGCAACAAUGAGCUGCUGCUGCGAAGUGCAAACCUUCCAGAAGAUAAAAAGUCUGAAGCAGUCAAGAAGCAGCAUGAUCAUCUUGCACUUGUGCAGAAAGAGCGGGCGGUGUACAACAACAUGGCUGCUGCCUGCAAAAAGACGUGUUGAUUCCAAGCUGUCUUUUGGACCCUCUCUACCAGCAAGCAAGAUGAUCAGAAUGCAUUACAGCUUUGAUUUUGCACAGCAGUUACACUUUCCUUCAAACCCUCUUCAGCCUGGGCCGAUGUAUUUCUUGACUCCACGGAAAUGUGGCCUGUUUGGUGUCUCUUGUGAAGGGCUGCAAAAACAAGUGAAUUACCUGAUUGAUGAAGGCAUGACAUCAAGUAAGGGCAGCAAUGAGGUCAUUAGCUACAUGCACCAUUUCUUCAGCAACUUCGGAGUUGGAGAAACAGAUGUCAACCUUCAUUGUGACAACUGGAGUGGGCAGAAUAAGAAUAACUUCAUGCUCUGGUACGCUGCCUGGCGGGUUGGACACAAGCUUCACAACACAAUUGGCAUCCACUUCCUUAUUGCUGGACACACCACAUUUUCUCCUGACUGUGGCUUUGGACUAAUCAAGCAAGCUUAUAUGAAGACCAGAGUCAACACUUUGGCAGACAUAGCUAAGGUAGUGGAAAAGAGCUCUCCUGUGAGUAGCCACAAUAGUCCACAGCUUGUUGGAAUGGCAGAUGGCAGAGUGUUAGUGAAGAUCUUUGACUGGCAGAAGCAUCUGAGUCACCCUACUUCAGAAGACUCCCACGCAUCAAGACUUAUCAGCACUUCAGCUUUGAUGCCCAGAGACCAGGUGUGGUGCUUGCGAGAACUCACUGGGAUGCAGAACCCUCCGAGUAUCAGCUGCUGCACAAUCCAGGGAUACUGCCCCCAACUGACAGUCUGCCUGUCCUCACCCCACCUUGACUGAACAUUGAUAGGCAGACCUAUCUUUAUGAGAAAAUCAGGCCUUUCUGUGCUGAAGAGGCAAGAGACAUCACAUGCCCAGUGCCCAAAGUCACAGCACAGAAGACUGCGCAGAAGAAUCCACAGAAGAGGAUGCGGACGUGAUAUCACCAAAAUCCUUCAAAAUACAAUAUGAUACAAUACUCUUAUCCUUUGUAUUAUGUUUUUUU